CGACAAAGACCUAGUGAUCGGCCGUUGAUUACCAGUGGUUCCCAAUCGUGUGUUUGUCUUGUUCUUCAGCGCCGGAUAGUAUCUCCUGUCCAUCCGCUCGUCGUCUGGCCAUCAGAUUAUGUCCUCUUCGUUGAGUGGCUUACCAUCAGAUGAAACACUGAGUCCACCGAACAAACGCCACAAGACGUCCGCCAAUAAUAACAAUAAUACCAACAAUAGUACCGCCAAUUGUCUCAACAACACCACCGCCGCCGCCAUCACCACCGCUACCACAGCCAACAACAACAACAGCAAUAACACCGCCAACAAUCACUCUAAUACUUCCAAUAGUCAUCCAUCGAGGGAGAAAUGGCUUCAAAUGGUUCGGCAGUGAAUUCACACAACGACAACACCAGCAAUGAUAUCGACGAGAGUCUGUACUCAAGACAAUUGUAUGUCUUGGGUCACGACGCUAUGCGCCGAAUGGCCUCAUCGGAUGUGCUCAUAUCGGGAAUGGGAGGACUGGGCGUCGAGAUCGCCAAGAAUGUCAUCCUCAGCGGUGUUAAGUCCGUCACCAUUCAUGACGAGAGCACCACUCAGAUCAGCGAUCUCUCAUCACAGUUCUACUUGUCUGAGACGGACAUCGGCGCCAACCGAGCGGAGGCCUCGUUGAGCAAAUUGGCAGAACUGAAUCCAUACGUAUCGGUGGCCACAUAUACCGGGAAACUGACCCACGAUUUCCUCAACAAAUUCCGUGUCGUUGUCUUAACCGAGUCAUCGCUGACGGAACAGAAGGAGAUCUCCGAUUACACCCACUCUAAGAAUAUUGCGCUUAUCGUCGCCUCAACUAAAGGACUCUUCGGGCAAUUGUUCUGCGAUUUUGGUGACAAUUUCCAAGUGAACGACACGACCGGCGAACAGCCGCUGUCCGUAAUGAUCACAUCGGUGUCGAACGCGACGGACGGUGUGGUGAUCACACACGACGAGACGCGGCACGGGUUCGAGUCGGGCGACAAAGUGACGUUCCAAGAGGUGGAGGGUAUGGCCGAACUGAACGGGUGUGAGCCGCGCACUAUCAACGUGUUGGGCCCCUUUUCGUUCGCCAUCGGCGACACUUCCGCUUUUGGCCAAUACAAGAGAGGCGGUUACGCCACUCAAGUGAAAGUACCCAAAAGUGUUAACUUUAAAUCGCUGCGCGAGUCGUUGGCCGCACCGGAGUUCGUGCUGUCGGACUUCGCCAAAAUGGACCGCCCGGCCCAACUGCACGUGGCCUUCCAGGCCCUCCACGCGUUCGUUGAGCGCAAUCAUCGGCACCCGAACUCGUGGUCCGAAGCGGACGCCACCGAGUUUCUCAAGAUUGUGGCCGAUUUGGCCGCCGAACAGAAGCUGGAGAUCCAGAUGGACGAGAACCUGAUGCGACUCUUCUCGUACCUGAGCCGCGGCAACAUUGCGCCCAUGAAUGCCGUGAUUGGCGGCACCGCUGCUCAGGAGCUGAUGAAAGCGUGUUCCGGCAAAUUCAGUCCUCUGUACCAGUGGUUCUACUUCGACGCCUUGGAGUGUCUGCCACUCAAGCCGGAGGACUACCCGAAAGAGGCCGACUGUCAACCGACGGGCAGUCGAUACGACGCCCAGAUCGCCGUUUUCGGGCCCGGCUUUCAGCAACGGCUCGCCAAUCAAAAGUAUUUUCUGGUGGGCGCCGGAGCCAUAGGUUGUGAAUUACUGAAGAACUUUGCGAUGAUAGGGUUGGCCACCGGCCAGAACGGCGCCAUCUGGAUCACCGACAUGGAUAUCAUCGAACGCUCAAACCUGAACCGUCAGUUCCUGUUCCGUCCGACAGACGUCGGGAAGUAUAAGUCGGUGACCGCCGCGGCGGCCGUCAAACGCAUGAACCCCAACGUCAAUAUCGUUGACCACCAGAAUCGUGUCGGAGCCGAAACGGAACAGACCUACGACGACAAGUUCUUCGAGCGCUUAGACGGCGUGGCCAACGCUCUCGACAAUGUGGACGCCCGGGUCUAUAUGGACAGGCGCUGUGUCUUCUAUAGGAAACCGUUGUUAGAAUCGGGAACUUUAGGCACUAAAGGCAACGUACAGGUAGUGCUGCCAUUCCUAACGGAGUCGUACUCCUCAUCGCACGACCCGCCAGAGAAGUCCAUUCCCAUCUGUACGCUGAAGAACUUUCCCAACGCCAUAGAGCACACACUCCAGUGGGCCAGAGAUGACUUCGAGGGCGUGUUCACCAUAUCGCCCGAAAACGCGCGACAAUAUCUCAAAGACCCGAAAUUUGUUGAGCGAACGAUGCGGAUGUCGGGCAACGAGUCGAUCGUAAUGCUGGAGAACGUGAAGCGGACACUCGUGGACGACAGGCCGGCCAACUUCGAGGAGUGCAUCAAAUGGGCCAGAUUUUACUUCGAGGAACAGUACGCCAAUCAAAUCAAACAACUGUUGUUCAACUUCGCGCCCGACUCGUUGACCAGUUCGGGAGUGCUCUUCUGGUCGGGACCCAAACGGUGUCCGCAUCCCAUCAAGUUUGACCCAAACAAUCAGACACACCUCGACUACAUCGUCGCCGCCGCCAAUCUUAAGGCAUUCAACUAUAAUAUACCGCAGAAUCGGGACGUGAAUGCCAUCAAAGAGUACGUUUCGAAACUCGUGGUCAAGGAGUUUACGCCUAAAGCCGGUGUGCGGAUAGCGGUAAACGACACGGAAAUGAACGCCGACGCGGGCGGCGGUAUGGCUGACGCGGAUCGCGGCGAACAGCUGAAGAAGGAGUUGCCGGCGCCCGACUCGUUGGGCCCCAACUUCGAGAUGAAACCCGUGGAGUUCGAGAAGGACGACGACAACAACUAUCACAUGGACUUCAUAGUGGCCGCGUCUAACCUGCGCGCCGACAACUACCACAUCGCCAACGCAGACCGCCAUAAGAGCAAACUGAUCGCCGGCCGUAUCAUACCGGCCAUCGCCACCACCACUUCCCUCGUCACCGGUUUAGUGUGUCUUGAGUUAUAUAAGUUAGUGGCGGGACAUAACAAGUUAGAGGCCUAUAAGAACGGGUUCGUGAAUCUGGCGCUGCCUUUCUUCGGCUUCUCUGAGCCGAUACCGGCGCCGAUUGCCAAGUAUUACGACCACAAGUGGACGAUUUGGGAUCGCUUUGAAUUGGAGGGCGAGAAGACGCUCAAAGAGUUCAUCGAUUACUUCGCCGACGAGCAUAAGCUGGAGAUAACGAUGUUAUCGCAAAACGUUUCGAUGUUGUACUCGUUUUUCAUGGCCGAAGACAAACGCAGAGAGCGUAUGGAUCUCAAAAUGUCUGAAAUAGUGAAACGCGUGUCGAAGAAGAAGAUCGACCCGUGGGUUAAGUCUCUAGUUUUUGAAUUGUGUUGCAAUGACAAGGAUGGAGAGGACGUGGAGGUGCCGUACGUGCGCUACACUCUACCCGAUUGAUUGUGUGGCCGACACCCCCGGCGACUGUCGCGCUAUCCGUUUUCCCUUUCCCUCUCACUAUCUGUUGUCUCUAAACGAUGUCUAAACUCUUUAAUUGAAAUUGUCUUUAAAUUAAAGCAAAUUAUUUUUAAUUCAAUGAUUAUAUUUCAAUCGAAAUGUUUUUUAAAAAACAGUAACAGAAUUACACAUACCUUUCCCUCCCAUACCUGUGCUCUCCCUAUCUCUUCAUUUAAAUGAUAAGUGAAAACAAAUAAUUGAAACCAUUUUCU